AUGGCGUGGCGAUGCUCAGGCCGCACCAACGCCGAACUAAUCUCCAACCUCUUCUCCGCCGGGCUCAUAACCUCCUCUCGGGUCCGGGACGCCAUGUCCUCCGUCGACCGCGCACACUACUGCCCCUCCUCCGCGGCCGCAGCCUACGAAGACUCACCACAACCCAUCGGGUUUGGCGCCACCAUAUCCGCACCACACAUGCACGCCUCGGCCUGCGAAUCGCUGCUAGAAUAUCUCCCUGAAAAUCGGGGCGCGCGAGUCCUCGACAUCGGCAGCGGCAGCGGAUACUUGACGCACGUCCUAGCAAAUCUGGUCUGUGGACCCGAUGGGAACGGCGACGGCAAAGUCGUGGGUAUCGAUCAUAUUCAGGGACUGGUUGACCUUGCGAGACAAAAUAUGCGGAGGAGCGAGGAAGGAAGGAGAUUGUUGGACAGUGGAAAAGUCGAGUUGGUGGUGGGGGAUGGGAGAAAAGGGUAUGAACAGGCUGGACCGUAUGAUGCUAUUCAUGUCGGUGCUGCGGCGAGUGAGGUGCAUCAGAGUCUUAUUGAGCAACUCAAAUCUCCGGGGAGGAUGUUUAUUCCUGUGGAGGAUAACGAUGGCUGGGGAAGUCAGUGGAUCUGGGUGGUUGAUAAGGAUAAGGAUGGGAGAGUCACAAAGAAGAGGGAUAUGGGUGUGAGAUAUGUUCCUUUGACGGAUGCGCCGAAGUGA